GGCCCUCUCUCGUGGCGAUAUCGAGGAACUGCAACGCAACGAGGAAUAAUAGGAAACGUCAUUUUAACGCGACAAACCAGAUGAGGAUUGUAUAACUGUUCGAGAGAAACAUUUAACGUUGUUAUAUCAGUUAUCUCCUACUACAAUAUGUCUCUACAAAGAUGUGCCGCGACAACCACAUCUUUAUUAUCCCGGAGUUUCAUCAGAGAAACAAUUUUAUCAGGAUGCCCUCGGUCAAUGAGCGGAGCUGCGAAGGAAAAGCAGCCGCUGAAGAAAGCCAUAACACCCCAGGGUCGACUUGACACUCCCGAGGAGAAGAACCCAGAAGCCCUUAAAAGAUUCCCCAAUGACGUGAACCCAGAGACCAAGGAGGAGGGGGGUCCCCGGGGCCUAGAGCCAACCCGUUAUGGAGACUGGGAGAGGAAGGGCCGCUGUGUGGACUUCUAGUGUAUUCUUCUCCUAGGUUAAGAGAUAGUAUACAACCUGGAUUCAUCUGCUUUGGGAAUGUAACCCCAGAGGAAAACUACGUUGUUUGUCUUAUCCUUCUACAAGUCUAUUUUGAUGGAAAAUGGCAGGUGGUACGGCCGUAUUAUAAACCGCUGGUAAAAGGAAAAGGAAAAUUAAUCCAAAAAAAAUUGUUACAAUUACUUUCUCGCCUUUUAUUUGUUUAGUGCAAUGCAUUUGCACAUCUACACUUUCGAAGGACAUGUAUUUUGCAUAUAUUUAUUUCUUGUUGUGCAAGGUCGUUCCGUAUUGUACAGAAUCUGAAAGUUUGAUUAAAUUAAAGAUUGUAACCAUU